GAUUGUCGCAAGUGUUUGAAUCUUCCCCCGACGUAAGGAUCUCGUCUUCCUCGGUUGCCAGGGUGUUGUCAUGGUUCGAUGCAUGUCUUGCGUCAGCCCCAUUCCCCAUUCUUCCGUCCUAUUCUUCUGUCGCAUGCCGCCUCCGAGCGGUUCUGCGAUAAGCCGAUUCAGUCAUUGUACCCUGACCAUCUGUGACUAGAGAUCUAGAUACUCCUCGUGCUGGCGAGACGGCUUUUGACUUCACUAACGGCGGAAAACCUCGCGCUCGCGCUUAUGUAUACACUCGCCCGCGAGAACACUUUAAAGGCGCGUCCCACAACAACCCCGCUUCCCAUGUUCAAGCUUCCGACUCACCUCGAGGAGCUUAUACCUCCCCCAAGCCAGCAAGUGCCGCAAGGACAGCCGUGGCGGGGUGCACUCUUUCUCCCAGCCACCAGUCCAUCACCGAGGGGUUCUCACCAGGAGCUUCGAUGCACGGCAGCAGAGACCGGGGGAGACAAAAGCAGCCAAGCGGAGUUGUGGCCGCCGGCCUUCUAUGUGCAGCUGUUAACACCACGGCCCCUCCUGCCUCAAUUUCUCGAAUGGUUGAAGAACCAUCACCCCCCUAUGUCCAUGUUCAUGGCCGACCGGCUGCCUGACCCGGCAGCGCAGCGGGCGAACCAGACUGCUUUCGAGGCUCUAGUCACGGCACUGAUGCAAAGCCAAUCUGUGGCUGUCCUACCGUGGAAUGUUCCGGAUAGGCUCCCAGGCGCAGGCAUCAUCCUGUUCCCGACGGGUACUUCGCGGAAUUUGCUCGUCGGCGCCCUCUUCCUGAACACCAGUUUCCCCGAGUUCAUCGCCAGCGCGAAUGUGCUUCCACGGUCUGCACCCUACAGCCCAACCUCCGGAGAUUCCCCAUAUGAUCCCGCCCCGCCUAAUAUUGCUGCUUCGCAGCGUCAUACUCAGGCUCCCAGCGGCCAGUCUCGCUAUUCGUCAUAGAGAGAUUCGCUCGCAAUCUCUCUGCUGCGGCUGGCAGAAUAUGCACACAAUACCCGAGGGUUCCGCUAUCAGCUAGGCAGUUCCCACUCGAUUUUUCCCCUCUCUUUUUUCUUUUUCUUUUUUCUCAGAACAUCACCCUCGCCGUUACUAAUGGCACCUGUAGCAUUAUUUUUGUAUCACUAGGAGUGCCAGUACUUUCGUUAUUUUUUUUUCAUUUAGAGAACUUUUCUCCGCUUGUUACAUAGACAUUCAUACCCUUCUUCGCAACACCGCCUCGUGUAUCCUCAGUCGGUCGAACCGCCGCAUUGUAGCAAUAGACUAUACUCUUUAUUAGACUUAGUGUUUCGGCGCCCUUUCGCGAGCCUACCCGGCCUUUCCCCCCACAUAAACAUUUUAGCUUUUCGCGUCCGUGUCUCCACCAGAUAACCGUCCCAUAUUGUCAUCGUCACUCGUGACAGUCCCAUUUUGAUUUAUUCGUUCGCCUCCCGUCCACGCGAGUAUGGGCGCUAAUAUAUACUACAUCUUGUCUCCUCGCUUCCGCUUGCUCUAGUUGGACUAUACACUCGGGACAGCUGUUUUCUCUGGACCACUCCGCCAUAAUUUGCUCCACACAAUACCACUAUUGUAAAUAAUGGCCAGCUCAAUGCAAACGUACCUAGCUGCGAAAUACAUGUCAGGCCCAAAGGCCGACGCGAUCCUUGCGCGAACACCUACUGAGGACCGGCCCAAGAAGAAGAAGCGCAAAGUCGCGGCGGCGUCUUCGUCCUCCGCAGUCUCGGGUAUGAUCAAAGACGACGACGUGCUCGGCUGGGGUGAUGAGCCGAAGGACGAGGUGGAAGACGGCGCAGACGCAGUGGUCGCGGAGGACCGCAGCUUCAAGAAGCGACAGCGGACGGAGGACGGUGCAGGCUGGGCCACCGUGCGCGAGCCGACGCCGCCGCCGCCUGCAGACGAGCAGCCGCAGGUCGUGGAGGAGGAGACGCCGUUCAAGGGCGGGCUACUGACAUCCGACCAGCUGAAGAAGCGGCUACCAAAGGCAGGGGGACCGAAGGCCCAGCUCACGCAGGAGGAGAUCGCGGCGGCUCAGGAGACAGUGUAUCGUGACGCAUCAGGAAGGAAGGUUGAUGUAGCGGCAGAACGGGCGGAGGCGGCGAGAAAAAAGAGGGAGGCGGAGGAGAAGGAGGCGAAGAAGAAGGAAUGGGGGAAGGGCCUCACGCAGCGUGAGGAAGCGGAGAAGAGGAGGGAGGAGCUUGAAGCAAUGCACAGUACCACCUUCGCGAGGACAAUAGAUGACAAGGCGUUAAAUGAGGAGCUGAAGCAAGAGGACAGAUGGAAUGACCCUGCGGCUGCCUUUUUGACGAAGAAGAAGUCGAAAGGACCGAAACGGCCAGAGUACACAGGACCUCCGCCUCCGCCAAACCGGUUCGGCAUCAGGCCAGGAUACAGGUGGGAUGGUGUAGAUCGUAGCAACGGCUUUGAAAAGAAGCUUUUCCAAAAACAAAACGAGAGGAAACGACGUGGUGCCGAAAGUUACGAAUGGGGCGUCGACGAUAUGUAAUAAAUGUAUUUUAUUGCUCAAGAUACUCUGCCAAGAUUAUUAACACUUGCAUACGGUUUGGACGCUCUUCUCACGAAUCUCGCACGCUUCCUGCUUCUUGCGCACACCAUCGGUUUUCACUUGCUUCGUUUACGCGCCCACGUAACACUGUAUACUACAUGUCUAUUCGUUAUGCAUAUGGUAAAGUUAAGGUGAAUGCAAACAGUGAUACAGGAUAUGGAUGGGUGAGGGUCGGUGAUUUAUGAAUGUCAAUCUCACAUAAGUAUAGAUAGCCUCAACUUAGCAUCCUCUAGCUCGGCUUUGGUUUGCGCCAGUUUUGCCUGGAUAUGUGCGAGCUCUGCGCGGAGGUCCUCUUCAACAUGCUUAUUGAGGGGUCCGGGCUGCAUCUCAGCAUCCUGUGCAUCCGUUUGAACUGCCUUGUCUGAAGUCUACAUGGGAAGAUGAGUAUAAUGUCAAUCGUUUAUUCAAGAACUUUGUAGGAAAUAUACCGCUCUGUUUCGAAGCACAAAUCGUUUUAUGCUCGGGUCAUUCUUGAGCAAGUCCACGAUAGUCUGCGCACCGUGUCGCAAGGCUUCAGACUGCACUAGCUGUCCUAUCGGGCUCGUUGUGGCAGGUCCUGGCUGCUC